AUGGCAUCCAUCCGAAUCCUUGAUGGUGGCUUGGGAACAAGUCUGGAAGACAAAUAUGGCGUGAAGUUCAAUCACUCAAUGCCGCUUUGGUCUACUCACUUCUUGGUCCAAGGUGAGGAAACACUAUUAGCGUGCCAGGCAGAUUUUGUCACUGCGGGUGCCGAUGUGCUCCUGACGGCAACAUACCAAACUUCAAUUGAAGGCUUCCAGCGCACAAGGACAGCAGAUCAUCCCGAUGGAAUUUCCAAGGAGUACAUUGGAGGUUACAUGUCAAAAGCUGUGGCAAUAGCCGAGAAAGCAGUUCGUGACAGCGACAGCAAAAUUGCGCUCAGUCUCGGCCCGUAUGGUGCUUGCAUGAUUCCCGGCCAGGAAUACACCGGCAAUUAUGAUGACGACCACGACUCAGAAGAGUCGCUUUACAGCUGGCAUUUGGAACGGCUCCAGCUAUUCACUGUUGUACCUGGACUAAUUGAGAGGAUCAGCUAUAUUGCUCUCGAGACAAUCCCCCGCCUGGACGAAUUUCGGGCAGCAAGAAGGGCAGUGCAAGACUCUGGUAUCAAAGCGCCUUUUUGGAUGGCUGGUGUUUUCCCAGGCGAGGGCGACACGCUACCAGAUGGCUCGUCGAUUGUUCAAGUGGUCGAAGCAAUGGUUGAUCCAGCAACCCGCGGUGCUCGGCCAUGGGGUAUUGGCAUCAACUGUACCAAGCUCCACAAACUCCCAAGCCUGAUUGAAUCCUUUGAGUCUGCUGUCAAGGAAUUGAUUGAAUCUGGACGCCUUGAGCGGUCGCCAGCAAUGGUGGUGUAUCCUGACGGGACCAACGGCGAGGUAUACAACACUACAACCAAGACAUGGGAGAAGCCUCAAGGUCAGGAACACAAGGACAUUGCAAACGCUGAUUCCUGGGCAUCGCAAUUGGCAAAUGUCAUCCGCACAUCAAGUACUCGUGGAUGCUUUCAGAGCUACCUUGUCGGAGGUUGUUGCAAAGCCUCUGCAGUUGAUAUUGGUGAUUUGAAAAGGGAGUUCGCUAGCCAGGGGUCAACUUGA